UUCAAUUAAUUUUCGUUUCUCUUGAUACAUUCGCAUACAAUGAAUUUUAGUAAUGUUUCUCUUAUAGUAUUCUAUAUUUGUGACUAUUUCUUCCCUUUCAAAUGCUUCCGGACUAACCCAGGAAACAGAAUGUUUCUUUUUCAAUGGCAGUACCAUUUAGGGAGCUAAACAUAGAGAGGACAAACAAGGACAGACAAAGGGUUUAAGUUGAUUAUUACAUUACACCUGGCUCUAGUAUAACCAUUCCACAUUCCACUACUGAUCUGAAGAUAAAAUAUGUCAACAAGCAGCAAAGUUCAACCCUACUUACCUUUGUCCAAAGAAGUUCUUGUCAAAGAAACCGAACUCAACAUUCUGAGCCAGGAAGAUUUACAAGAAAACUUCCUUGUCAACUUUUUAGUCCAAAAUGUCCCAAAUUCGAAACAUCUUGAUUUCAUCAAAGACAAUAAAAUUCAAACAUGGUGGGAAUGCUGGAAUACACGACGGCAUCUCACCAAAUCUAAACAUCACAAGAAAACUCUAUCAUCCAAACUGAGGAAACAAUUGAAAAUAUUUCACAUUCAACCUGAAGUCCAAAAGUUUCAUAACUUUCUUCCCCUCCAUAAAUUAUGGAAACAGUAUAUGAAGCAAUUAAUUCAGUUUGAGAACAUUAACCCAAACAAUUUAACGGCUGUCAAUCUGAAGGUUUUGAAAGCUGAUUAUCAUGGAUGUUACCUCACGGUUUCCAAGUCAAAAUGUCCCUCAUAUGUUGGCACAACUGGCAUUGUUCUUAUGGAGACCAAGAACAUUUUCAAAAUAAUUACAAAAGAUGAUAAAUUCAAAUGUAUACCUAAGAAAAAUUCAGUAUUCUGUUUCAGUCUUGAUGCCUAUUGUUUCACUCUGUAUGGUAACCACAUGAAGGUGAAAGCCAGUGAAAGAAGCCACCGGAAAUUUAAAACUAAAUCAACAAUAGACCUAUGAAUCCCGCGUGGUAAAUAAAAUGAAAAGGACAUGCAGUCAGCGUUGUCAUGUGUGUGGAACACAGCAAUUUUAGAAAGAUCUUUUGUAUACAAAGCUGAGAGCCUUUAGUGAGAGUAUUUCAAUUGCAAUAAAGAGACAAGAAAAUAUUCAAAAUAUGCAGGUACUAUAUAGAUACAGCAAUUCAUCCAAUAGGUUCAAAACAUUGAUGCUGAUCCAAGAAAAAUCAAUGAGAGCCAUCAUCAGAGAACUUCAAAGAGUGAACUAUCAGAACUGUGAUGCUUGAAAACAUGUACUGAGGAACAGUACAUCCUCACAAUACUAUAGCUUCACUAGAGACAACCAUUGUCCAGGUGAUGUCUAAAAUGAAGAAUGACCAUUUAGUGUAAACAAGCCAAAUACUGAAGUAGAAGGCAUAUUCAUAAACUAGUCUUUUAAGAAAGCUUAUCAAGAAUGUGUACAAAUUUUUAUUAAAACAUUGGGUCACCCCAUGAA